AUGGAGCUGGAGCGCUCGGAGCCGUUCCCCACUGUCAGAGAACAGCAGCUCCGGCAGUGCCUCGCUCUCGCGGCGAUCUGGGGGCGCCAGCGAAGCCGGCAGAGUCCCCGGCGGUAUCCCAGCGCUGAUCCCGGAGCGCCUCCGACGAAGGACCGGGGCCGGAGGGGCCCCCAGCCCAGCCCAGCGGCCCCACGCGAGCGCAGCGACGCGCCCGUCCGAGCCCCCCGCGCGCGCGCCUGGAUGCCCGGCGGCGCCGCCGCGCCCCCUGCCGGCGACGGCAUGACACCGCGGCGCAGGCCAGACGCCCGCGAGCCGGAGGCGGCGGCUGCUGCGGCGGCCCGCCGAGAGCUGGAGGUGCGCGGCGGCGGGGCCGCGUCGUCGCCGCCGCUGCCCGCGGCGGUGCGGGGCGCGCUGGAGCUGGCGGAAGCCCGGCGGCGGCUGCUGGAGGCGGAGGGCCGGCGGCGGCUGGUCUCGGAGCUGGAGGGGCGCGUCCAGCAGCUGCACCGCGUCUUCAUCGAGGCCGAGCUGCGCAUGGCCACCCGCGCCGAGAGCCUGGGCCGCCUGGGCAGCGGCGUGGCGCAGGCCGAGCUGCACCUGACGGCGCACGGGCAGCGCCUGAAGAAGACUCUGCGGCGCUACAAGAAGGCCCGGCCGCCGGCCCUGCUGGCCUCGGCGCUGGGACUGGGCGGCUGCGUGCCCUGGGCGGCCUGGCGGAUGCGCCGCGGUCGAGCGGGCGGCGCGGAGCCGCCGGAGUCCCCCUUCAAGAGGAGCCUCCAGGGGGCGACAGCGCCACCCGCCCCGCGGCCGUAGCAGGGCGGCGCAAGGCUGGCUGAAGGGUCGGGUGCGCGCGGGCGCCCGUCGGUUCCCUGCGGAACGUCCUUGGAGGAGGAGGAGGAGGAGGAGGAAGGCAUUUGCCGAGGCGGAGGCAGGAGCGAAGGGUGGCCUUACCAGUGGCAGUCCUCUCGCCUCCCUCUCCACGCGCUCGUGGCCACCGAGUCCUCCGUGGCUCGUUCUCCACCAGCAGAGGACCCAGCGCCCCGCUCCAGCUGCGCCCUUGGAGACGACCGGUUCUCGGGACCAUCUCAUCCGGCGAAGGCUGCACUGCGGGGGUGGGGCCGCUCCGGCCAGCCUUUUCGAAACCCAGAUUUUCACAUUUCAGAUUUAAAAAAACGCUAACGAUUUGAGUUGAAACCAAUAAAAGGCAAAACCUCUUAAGCUGAGAAAGGAGCCUUAUAAAUAACUUAGAUAUCAGCAAGUAUUCUAAAGAUCGGUAAUUAGCAAAACACGUUCAAUAUUAAUCAGUGUCCUUAGCUAUAUAAAUAUUACAUAUUUCAUGUCUAAAUUGCAAGAUAAGUAUCUGCAGAGGUGCACGACUCAAACAACUUGUGCUAUUCUUUUGCAGUUCAAUUUCUUUAAUUGAAACUCAUUUGAAAUGUAUGAAACUACGUCAAUAUACAAUUUAACCUUCACAAACAGGAUAAAUGCUUCCCAA